GGAACCAUCCGCUCAGUGGCGAUUUGGCCACAGAGGCAGUCGGUCGGUCGAAAUGAGCAGAUAAAACUCGAUCAACGCAAAGAUUUGGGCUAAAGAUAAACACCGAAUAUACGGGGACACAAACAAAGGCGAGAAAACAAAUGUUUGACUAAUCGUAAUUAGAUAAUUAUACCACAAUGGACGCAGUGCAGCAGCAAACAAACAGCGGUAGCAACAUCGAUAGCGCCAAAUGCCAGAAGCUAAAAAGAUUCGUGAUCAUAGGCCUGCUGAUCACCAUUGGCAUCUUGAGUUGGCACUUCUACGAGUACUUCCACAGCAAGCCGCUGCCCAAAACCCCCGAUGACGUCUUGACCCUCUCGAAGAACCUCUAUGCGGAGGAGACCGAGGUCAGUCCGUACCUGUACAAGGUGAAUCUCCAGGGAAAGACCACGCCGGGUGCUCAUGAUGAUCGAGCUCCUCGGAGUCUCUUUGAACUGCAUCAAGAUUUAUUGGCCAAAGAUUCCAACUCUACCACCGCCCUUCUCAUGAGACUCUUCGACAACUACGAAUUGGAUGUGGCGGUGGCAGAGCACCCAACCCCUGAGCACAUUGAGGAGCAGCACGAUUUCCUCAGGACCGUGAUGAAUACUCGGGUGAUGAAGCUAACCAUGAGGUAUCUGGUCAAAAAGGACAUUGUGAGCAUCGAAUAUGAUGAUCAGCUGCGUUUGCUGCAGGAACUUUGGUUCACUCCGUACUCCCGGGGUCGUGGUAUUGUGGGCAGCUCCAGUUUCGAGCACGUCUUCAUGGCGGAGAUUAGGGACCAAAAGGUUCUGGGACUGCACAAUUGGCUGUAUUUUGCAGACCAAGAGCAACGCGGCAAUGUGGACUACAAGGGCUGGCUGAGCCACAAGGAAACGGGAAAGAACAACCAAAUGGUACUGAGCAUUCGCUACACGUACCAGAAUCUCAACAAGCCAGUCACUGGAUUUUUUGUAGGCACUUCUCCCGAGUUGGAGUUGUCCCUCUAUACCGCCUGCUUUUUGACCACCGCGGAGAAGGAGCCCUGCCACAUCCAGCUGGGGCAUGCCUCAGUUCCGAUUGUCUCUCAUGGAUGGAACUGGAAUGGUAUGCGCCUGAUAGCCUCCGCCUAUCCCGACAGCUCCUAGAUCAUCGUCCCCCUACCAUCAUCCAUUUCGGAAACUCAAUAAAAUGAGUUACUGCUACCUCAUCAGAAAAGGCAAAAGGCUAACCUCCAAACUCAAAGUCAAGUUAAUUUUAUUUUGCCACUUUAUGAGUGCUUCUUGGCCCAGUUGUCUCUGGCAAUUGACAAGGACGUCAGUCAGGACACGAAGAUUGUUCGUCUGUCCAUCAUUUCGGUUGUUUUGACAGCAUUGCGUGGCCCAAAGCACUUGGCCUUACAUCAUGAAGUUGUUUAUUAGUUCUAACAUUAAUAGUUAUUACCGGCGGAAGUCAAGCAAGUCAAUUGCUAUUAUGAGAGAUUGUGACGUUUAAGUAUUAUGCAGUCAUUAAACCUGCUUCACAAUGG